AGGCAGUUUAAAGUCAACACAGUAACAACAUGGCGAGUGCUGCUGUCCUCUGUCUCGUUUUUCUCUCUGCCGUCUUUCCAAAAGGUCUAACAGCUCCGAUAAAAACUCGGCAGACUGUGAUGGCAGAAGGAGAAGAAGCCAGCUUUAACUGGGAGCUGAUGCAAGUCACAUGGCAGAAGAUUUUACCUGAUGGGGAGAAGAAUCCCCCAACUUAUGGCGAGUACUUUGGCCUUAGAUUUCAACCAAAACUGAAGCUAAAGUCACCAGUCAUAGUCAUCAGGGCGGCGAUGGGUGAAGAUGAAGGUUUGUUCAACACCUACCCUGAAGAUGCUCUCACCUGGUUCAUAGAGGAUGAGAUGUAUGGAGCCGACUUCUAUGUGAGAUACUCAGACCAUGUGAGAGCCUCAGACUCUCCUGAAGAGACAGUUGUGUCCUGCUGGGCCACAGGUGGACCUGCUCCCACAGUAACACUGACUGUCCCUCACUACAACUCUAGCAGAGUCACCAACAGCAACGGGACAGUCACUGUCACCACCACAUCCAACCUGUCUGCUCUCCACCAUGAGAGCAGACAGGUUGGAUGUGUGGUGCGAUGGUCCUCUGGUCCUCACAGAGAGGUGUCCACCCUGAUUCCUGCUGAUGGUCUGACUUGGAUCAUAAAGUGUCUCCUAUCAUCCAUGAUUGCCUAUUUGAUGAUCAUCAAAGCAGCAAGCAAAGAUAUAAAUAACAGCAGGAAGAGUCGGAGACAUGCAGGUCAAGUGCCAGCUUUCACAUUUAGAGCACGUUGUCGGCAGAUUGGUUCAGUGGUUCACUGUGGCGCAAAGAUGGCACAGCGUGAAUUCCUGUAUCUCCUUUGUUCUCUGGGACUCUGUCAGGAAGGUCAAUCAGCUCUGAUAGAAACUCAGCAGACUGUGCUGGCAGCAGAAGGAGAAGAGGCUCAGUUAAACUGUCAGCUGAUGAAAGAGAAAGAUGUUCAGCAAGUCACAUGGUGGAAAAUUUUACCUGACGGGGAGAAGAGUCUUGCAUCUUCCCAUGAAAAAAAAGGUCAAAAAGUGAAUCCUGAUUUUAGAGAUAAAAUGGAGUUUAAAUAUGUUGGACAGCUGAGCUGCUCCAUAGUUAUCAGGAAUGUAACAGAGGAGGAUGAAGGAUGCUAUCGCUGUUUGUUCAACACCUACCAUGAAGGUGAUCUCAAUGGUACAACCUGCCUCAGACUCUAUGAGCUGCAUGGCCCCGUCCUCCAUGUGAGAGCCUCAGACUCUCCUGAAGAGACAGUUGUGUCCUGCUGGGCCACAGGUGGACCUGCUCCCACAGUAACACUGACUGUCCCUCACUACAACUCUAGCAGAGUCACCAACAGCAACGGGACAGUCACUGUCACCACCACAGCUCUGCUGUCUGCUCUCCACCACAACACCACACAGGUUAACUGUACAGCACACGUGUCCUCUGGUCCUCACAGAGAGGUGUCCACCAUCAUUCCUGCAGGAAAACAGUCGUCUGACGAUGGUCGGACUCGGAUCAUAAAGUGUCUCCUAUUUUCCAUAUUUGUGGCCUGUUGUUUUGCUGCUGCAGCCAAAAGUUUCUUGUGUAAACAAAGAAAUCACAACAGUCUGUCUCACAGAGAAACUGAGAUGAAUGAGAUGAUGAAACUACAAUCAGUGACAUCAAUCAGCCCCCAGAUCCUCUAGUCCCACAGAGAGACCAGAUCAGACAACGAUCAUCUCCUGAGAAGACCAAAGAAAGAGAAAACCUAAAUGUGGCACAUUCAACAAUAUGAGACUAUAAACUCACUGAUUAACACAGUUUCUGUGUGACUGUGUGAGGAAAUGGCAGCUAUCAUGAAGGUUGGUUUGAGUCGAGUUAUAGAGACUCAGAAUAACUCCAAAGACUGACAGAUAUUCUGACAGAAUGAAAUAUUACACUGUUUGUUUGUUUUUUGUUUUCAAAACAAUAACAUACAAUUCCAUGUUGAAUAUAUUCUUAAUUAUACUUGAUGAUGACCCAAACAACAAGCAAAGCAUCACAUGCACUCUUUCAUAAUCAGAGCGUUUAUCUUCUGGUUAUUGGAAAAUAUCAUGUAUUUAAUAAGAAAACACUUAAUGUCUUGACUCUGGACUACACAUGUAAUGUGUAAAAUGUUAAUGACUUUGUGGUGUUCUGUAAAUAAAUGUGUUUGGGGUUUUUUUUUUACUUUGAUGCCAGCAAAAUGUUGCAAAACCUGUAAACAAUGAAUCCAAUUAUAAUCUGAACUUUUCAGUAUUUUUUCAUGAGUCCCAUAAAAACAACUUUCAAUUGUGUUACUGAACGGUGCUAUAGAAAUUAUGUAUUAAAUGUUACUUCCUCUUGCAGCUUUGUGUGAUUUAUACUCAACAGAGUAUUUUUGAAACGUCUGUAGUAUCAUUUAGAUUUAUUGUUUUACAUUUAUUCAUUGUAGGAAUGUAUUUGGUAAACAAAUACAUCUAUCUUUGUUUUGCCUUUGUCAUUUUUUGUUUAUUUGAAAUAAACUUUGGUUUGAUUUUG